AUGAGAAAAGUAGUGCGUUCAGUGAAAGUUGGUUUCAUUCGAAGAGGUUCAAUACCUACGGGAAGAAACGAAAGUGAAACGUCGUCCGAUCUUGAGCUGCAGUCACAACACCAGGCAACGAACAAUCAGCGUUUUGAAAAACGAAUAAGUCAAAGUGCUCGUUAUCAAGCUGAAGUUCACGAAGAAAAACCGCCUUUGAAAUUUGGAACAACUAAAGCUGUUCGAUUACACCAUGUAGAAGAACCAAAUAAUGGCCAUCAGCCACAUUCAAACAUGUCGAAUUCAACAAUGCCUUCAUCAUUUUCCCAGCAGAAAAAUUAUAACACAACGGCUGUUGAACAUUCAGAUGUAGGAAAAAGCAGUCUGAAUGAAAUAGCAACAACAUCAAAGUGGUCAACGAGAAAGAAAGUUUUAGUGGGUAGCAUGGUAGGUGUAUCGAUUGCGGCUGUUAUCACCGUUACAAUUGUUCUCAGUAUUUUACUUACGAAAUCAACAGGAUCAACAUCUACAACCACUGCAUCCUCUGUAGUAGUUAGUGCAUAUUGGACUUUUGAUACUACGGUAGUAGAUUCAUACGGUGUCUAUAAUGGCCAAUUAGUGAAUGGUACGCUAUAUACUUCUGCAUCUGCAACUAACAUGCCAUAUGUUGGAGUUGGUCAAGCACUUGAUCUAACGGCAACACUAUUCAAUUCAUUCAUGGUUUCAUCUCCAUUUUUUGAUUUAAGUAACACAAGUUUCACCAUUGAAGCUUGGAUCUAUAUCAAGGCGUCUAGCAGUGAUCGUGGGAUAUUCGGUCAAUGUUCAUGUUCAACCUGUGCAUAUCAGUGUUUGUAUUUGAUUAUUAGAAAUAAUCGUUUAUAUAUUGAUUUCACUUCAAAUCAUUUGUCUGGCUCAACGAUCUUAUACAAUAGUACUUGGUAUCAUAUUGCAUUUGUUUACAAUUAUGGAACACAACAGCAAAUCUUAUAUGUUAAUGGUGUUGUAGAUGCAAUUAAGUCAAAUGCACAACCAUAUCAAGGACAAAAUGGAAGUAUUACAAUUGGUUCAAGUACAGUUUCUUCUACACAAAUAUAUUUUAGUGGUUAUAUCGACAAUCUAUUGUUAACAACAGAGGCAAAAUCUUCCACAGGCAUUCUAAGCGAUGCAUCGUUGAUGGCUUAUUAUGCAUUUGAUUCAUCGAAUCCUACUGGUGACAGUGGCCCAAAUGGAAUAGCUGGAGCAGCAACUAAUACACUGUCAGUUACUGGAAAAGUAAAUGAAGCAUACCGCUUCACUGGAUCCUCCUAUUUUCAUGCGUAUGGCUUCUACCAGAUUCCUUAUGGUGUUAUUAUGGGAAAACCAUUUUCAAUAGCUUUGUGGAUCAGUCCAUCAUCAAGCGGUAGUUCAGCUAUUGUUCAAAUGAUCGCUUCAAGUAUGUCAUCAUUUUCUUGUGAAUCUUUGCUAGGUAUAUACUCAGCCAAUGCAUUAGCGGGACAGAUAUUUGUGCGCAGUAUUAGUGGAGGUGGAGCAUAUAUAACUGGCCCAUUUAUAACACAAAAGACAUGGACCCACGUUUCAGUGACAUAUGGUGUAGGAAAUGGGUAUACAUUGUAUGUUAAUGGAGUUUGUUUUGGAGCAACCGGUAGUAUAGGCGAAUCUCAAAGCGGCACAUUUGCAAACCUCUACAUAGGUGGUGGUGUUGGGUGUUUCCAAAGUUCUAUUACUAAUUACUAUCAAGGGUUGAUUGAUGAAGUCUAUAUUUACAAUCGAGAACUAUCACAAUCAGAUGUUACUCAACUAGCUAAUCCGUGA